CUAAUCCCCUGCGUCCAUGGUUUACUCUGAGCCCGUAUUUAAUUCCUCUAAACCCCCAGCUGCCGCCCUGGUUACUCGCAGAACACGACAGACUGUGAACCGCUCUGGUUAUUAAUAAUUUACCAGCCCUCCGCUCCGCUUCUCCGGCCGCGGCCGCAGGACACCGCACGUCCUCACUGGUGCGUGCGUGCAGCCACGCUGUGUUUUCACAUCUAGCAAUUGUUUACUUAAUUUUGGCCGCUCGGUGUCUCACACAAGGAUACGCACAUUCACAUCCUUGUUACUGUGUUCAGCCUGUAGGCAGUCCCGGUUGGCAUUGCCCACCAAGUCCCGCUAGUCUCAGCAACUCUGAUGUCUCUGAUUUUGCGACAUCCGCGCUGCCACAUGGUGGGUUUUGUUUUAGUCGCCGUUCUCUCCGCAACUUUCUCCGGACACUGAGGAACAGGUGGGGUGUAGCACCGAGGAGGAACUCCACAUUUUCACAUCAGCAAAGCCGGAGCAUGCACAAGGGGAAAGCGCGCGGCGUCGUCCCCUCUGCAGGAGCAACAGCUGAUUUGGUGAGCGCGUAAGCAGAGAGUGCAAGCUACUUACUGUCGGUGUACAGCCAGACUCCCGCUCUGUCACUCGGGCUCAGACGGUGACGGUGUCGGUGGCGCAGAGCGCGGCGACUCGGUGGACAUUACCGGGACAGACUGGAGAGAGCAGCGCGCACUGGCAAGCGAGCACAGUCUCGACACCGACCGAUUUUCAUGGGAAUACUACGAGUUGAAACCGAGCAUAAACAACUUGUAUGAAGAAGUCGGGCAGCAGGCGACUUGGAUUAUAUACGGCUCUGUCCUCCUUUGCCUUGACUGAGGAGAGUUGACUACAAAUCACAAAAAAUGUUUACCGGGCAACAGGCCGUGUAUUAGGGCUCUUUUGCUUCCGGUAUAAGGCCCAGCUGAACAAGAAACCGAGCAGUUUUCUCUCUCCCACACACUUUUUUUUGGAAGCCGAACUUUUGAGAGUGGAAAAUGGGUCUUUGAGAGUGUUGGCACAUUUCCCUACACCACAAUGGCAACCGAAACCUUUCUGUUGAACGAAGAACCCUCCAGAGGUCCUGGGAUGCCUGAAUGCUUUGUAGUAUCAGAUUCAUACAGGUAUUACCCUACUCACCUUCUAAACAAUGCCUUAGUGGAUGAAUUUCAUCCCUUCAUUGAGGCCCUCCUCCCCCAUGUCCGUGCCUUCUCCUACACCUGGUUCAACCUGCAGGCCCGUAAGCGCAAGUACUUCAAGAAGCACGAAAAGAGGAUGACCAAGGACGAGGAACGCGCGGUGAAGGACGAGCUGCUGGGGGAGAAGCCAGAGAUCAAGCAGAAGUGGGCCUCGCGCCUGCUGGCCAAGCUCCGCAAGGACAUCCGGCCAGAGUUCCGCGAGGACUUUGUGCUCACCAUCACGGGGAAGAAGGCCCCCUGCUGUGUGCUGUCCAACCCCGACCAGAAGGGCAAGAUCCGCCGCAUCGACUGCCUCCGCCAGGCCGACAAGGUGUGGCGGCUGGACCUGGUGAUGGUCAUCCUGUUCAAGGGCAGCCCCCUGGAGAGCACAGAUGGGGAGCGACUGGUCAAGUCGCCCCAGUGCUCCAACCACGGCCUGUGUGUCCAGCCGCACCACAUUGGAGUGGCGGUCAAAGAGCUGGACCUCUACCUGGCCUACUUCGUCCACUCACCAGACUUGGGCCCUUCCAGGCGGGGCAGUGAGAGCUGGGACAGAUCACAGCCGCUGUAUUCUGAUCUGCACUUCUGCUCUGCAGCUGUAAAGCAAGAUUCCACUACCAAACAGAGCCUGAACACACUCACUUUUGAACAAUCAGGACAAUCAGACAACACAAACCAGCAAGGAGAUGCAGACGUCAAGCCCCCACCAAAUGGCCACUUGAGUUUCCAGGACUGCUUUGUGACUUCAGGGGUGUGGAACGUUGCCGAGCUGGUCCGCGUGUCGCAGACCCCUGUGGCUACAGCGACCGGCCCCAACUUCUCCCUGGCUGACCUGGACAGCCCUGGCUACUACAAUAUCAACCAAGUGACCCUGGGGCGGCGAUCCAUCACCUCCACCCCCUCCACCAGGACUGAAAUGGAGCUUUAUGCAAGUCUCCCACGGAGCUCCAACAAGCGCAAGUCCAUUGACGACAGCGAGAUGGAGAGCCCGGUGGACGAUGUGUUCUACUCAGGCCGUUCCCCAGCGGCUGGCAGCAGCUCUCAGUCCAGCGGCUGGCCUAAUGAUGUGGAUGCAGUGCAACACCAUUUGGCCAGUGUGCAGGAGAGGAAGAUUAAGCAUGAGAGCGAUGGAGUGCAGUUUCCUUACCAUGGACUCUCAUCGCCUAGUUCUCUUAAGAAGCCGGGGAAAUUCGAUUUCAGCGCCCUGUCCUCCCAGACGAGGUCCCCCCGCAUGGCGUUCACCCACCACCCACUGCCAAUGCUGGCGGGAGUGAGACCAGGGAGUCCCCGUGCUUCAGCCUCGGCCCUGCACUUUCCUUCUCCCUCCAUCAUCCAGCAGUCUAGCCCUUAUUUCACCCACCCAACCAUCCGCUACCACCACCACCCUGGACAGGACCCCCUGAAGGAAUUUGUGCAGUUUGUCUGUGCUGAUGGCUCGGGGCAGGCCGCCGGACAGCCAAACGGGAGCGGCCAGAGCAAAAUGCCAGGCUCCUUCUUGCUGCCUCCACCUCCCCCAGUGGCCCGCCCAGUGCCCCUCCCUAUGCCCGACUCUAAACCCAACAGCACGCCCCCUGACGGCGGACUCUCCUCGCCCGCAUCUCCGUCAUACUCCACGCCAGGCGCCACAGCUCCCAACAGGUUUGUCGGCAUCGGAUCACGGGACAACAACUUUCUGAACAUCCCGCAGCAGACACAGUCUUGGUUCCUCUGACAAGACAUGUGUACAAACCAGCAACUACAAUUCUUUCUUUACAAUCAGAAGUAGAAAAACAGAGAAACAACCCACAGGAUAAUAACUGUCCUCCAACCAACCCACCGACCGGCCCUGACAGUACAUCUCAACAGAUACAAAAUACAGCCAAGCAAGGAAAUGCAGGAAAUUACAGCAGUGUGGCGCCUUUAGAGGAACUCUGGACUCAUUUACCCAGUCAGAGGGAGGACCCGUUUCGAGCAAAGAUGGAUAGACGGAAAGAUGAAUGGAUGGACAAGAGGAUGCCAGGAGGGGAGAAGGGGUAAGGGGACAAACAGCAGCAAGCAGGCAUCUCUCCUGAAACCACCGAACCAGCACAACACGGCAGCAACGCAGGAGGAACCUGAGGAUGAAAAAGCAGUCAACUUCUCCUACUUCGUGAGGACGCGUAACAAACGGCUAAGAAAAUCAACUGUCCAAAAACCAAAAAAUAAAAGGUUUUCACAUCACAGAUCUAACAUUUAAGCUACAAAGCUUCACCCACAAUGAAUCCACUGCUUGAUCAAAGCAACGACACUAUUUGGUUUCCAAUCUAAGCUGCAGUCCAUGCUCCUGUGAUGUCUGUCAUCACCCAAAACAAAAUCAAAUUGACCAAUGUUUCUCUCACUCUGAAUGACCAUUGACUCUAACUAGAGAGAGACUAUGCCAAAACAUAUCUUGAUUAAGGGUUGCACUAGAAGCUGAAUCAAUUAACACUAAUCUUAACGAUGUGCACUAUUUACCUACAAGGCAUGGGAGGUAAACCACACUUGCCUAUUAAGAGUUUUAAAGAGGAAAAACCGAGGUACAAGAAGCCUUUAAUGUGUCCUCGACCCCCUUCGUUCAGUUUGACAAAUCAUUGGCCUCCGCCCAUUCUCAGAUCUCCCCGCGCAGCACACACUCACAAAGAUCACACGAUUUGUGCCAUGACCACAGCAUGUAUAUUGAAAACACACACAGUUGCCCAGUCAGACCUUUUAGAUUGUAGUAUUCAUAGGUGGUGGUGUUGUGUUAUCAUAUUUUUAUUUUAUAUGCAUACAGUAAGCCCAGUGAACUCUCGCUACCUAUUUGAUUAGAUAUCCAAACAUCACACACACACUGAAAAUCCCAGUGUGAGUACAUCGUUACUGACAGUUGUCACAACGAUAGGCCGCAGCUAUUGGUUCCCCCUUUGCCCUCUUGUGAUGUAGAUGAAUGAUUUUGUUAUCGCUUGUGUGUUCUCUUAUUUGAUUUUAUUCCUUUUGGAUUUGUACUAUUUUAUAAUUGUUUUGUAUUUGAAUGACAGCACCUUAUAGAGAAACACAGUAAGAGUUGGGAUGUUGAUGCGGCGUACACAGGGUGGUUAGCUGACCUGGAUCACAUAGUACAUGCGAACAGUUUGACAUUUGGGGAAAUACGCUUUCCUGCCGAGAGUGAGAUGACAAGAUUGAUGCCACUCUCAUCUCUGCACGUUGAAUCAGAAGCUACCACAAGCAGCCAGUUAGCUUAGCUUAGCAUAAAGGCUGGAAACUGGGGGGAAACAGCUAGUCUGGCUCUUUUCGUAGGUGACAAAAUCUGCAAACCAACACCUCUAAACCUGAUGUUAAUUAUGUUAACAUAUUGUUUGUUUUUUUUAUGUACAAGAACUGAAGUGUUUAAAUGAUAAUGAUGCUUGCAACACAGUUGCACAGCCUUAGAAGAGCUGGUAGGCAGAUUUAGUUACCUUUGAAAAGAGCUAGGCUAGCUGUUUCCCUGUUUCCAGUUUUUUAGCUAAGCUAACUACACAGCUCCUUCAUCUUUAACGGACUGACAUGAGAGUAGUGUCAAUCCUCUUGUCUAACUCUCGGCAAGAAAGCGAAUAAGAAUAUUUUCCGAAAAUGUCAAACUGCGACGUGGUUUGUUUGUCGUCAGUGCCAGAUAAAACUACUUUCCACAUACUGUACCGGAAGACCACACAAUGCAGGGUUUUGACAAUCACAGGAAGCUUAUUUUCUGGGAACUUGCCUGCUGAACCAUACAGGUCUACAAAAAGCUAAAAUACUUCACGCCACAUCUACUGUUUGACCCAGGUACAGCUGGUGACCGGUGGUGAUAUAUGAGUGAAGGAGGGAAGGUUGCUGAAGGUGGGACCCAGAGCAAAAGAGAGAACAGCUCUUCUUUCUGUCUCCCUAAAGUUUACCCUGUUGUUUACACUCCCAGACGGGCCGCUGCUCCAAGAGCAGAGGGAGCCACACUGUGGAGCAAAAUGAAUAUGUGACAUAUCUGGCUGUUUUCGGAGAGAGAAUGAGGGCCUCUAAGGCUAGCAGUAGGAGGAACGCCCAUGUGCCCAUUUUUGUUUCGGUGCACAAGAUCAGGUAAAGGAUAUCGGUUGCUAUGGUGACACCCCCCCCCGCCCCAACAAACACACACCAGCACUCCCCGCUAGCUAUUGUGAAUCGAUGAGCCCUUAAUGAUCAAAACUGCACUAAAACAAUCAUGCCAGCCAACCAAGCGAGUUUCCACCACUUAGUGUUUCAAAUCAGUGGAUGUAGCACUGUGAUGGAAACAAAAGUAGAACACAGAUCGCCACUCCUUAAACACACACAGACUUAUAAAGACCACUCACUAUUAGUGCAAACACGUCCCCUGUGUCCGACUGAAUUCAAAGGGAAGUCUUAAAAAUAGACAAUCUGAGGAGGCCUUUAUGCUUUGAAUCGUUUUAUAUCAUUAGCCCAUGCACAUUCUGACUGAUUCAGUUAUUUCCUGUUAAAAGUUGAAUUUAAAUCACCCCAUCCAACCUCACAAAAUAACUGGACUGCCUGGCCACGUUCUUCACUGCAGGGAAACACAACAUAGUUGGCCAACCGACUGGCGACCAUCUCAUCAGCUUCGUAGAGAGAACUAGCUCUGCUGAGUAAGACAUUAACGAUGGCUAAGGUGAUUUCUUUUCUAAUCUAUGGAAGUGCCUCUGUAUUCCCAUUAUGCAAUUUGUCAAACAUGAAUUCAGGUUCUUUUUCUCACAUAUAAGCUAUAGCGAAUGGUGAAAAAUUUAUGUCAGGAGAGGGGGAAAAAACAGUGACAGCUCACUAGAUAAUCGCAAGCAUCUUUAUAUAUAAUACACAUAUAUAUUUAUAGAUAUAUACAUUUUUUUUUAUUUGCAAGAUAAGCUCUGUGGCAGUCUAGUUAUUUUUUGAAGCAUGGCGUACAUCGCACAGUCAUAGGAUGCAUCUCAAAAUCAUCCGCUGAUUUAGAGCUCAAGUCUCUAAACCCACACUCAUGUUAAAUGACUUAAAAGAAAAUCCACGGCAAACACAACAAUAGAUACAUAGACAGUGAUGAUAAUGUAGUUGAGGGGAAAAAAAGAACAGAUUAGGUUUUGUUGUUUUCUUUCUUGUUUUGAUGGAAAGUAUUGUUCUUGAAACUAAAUGAUGUAUGUUGAUUGAGCCAUGUGCAAUGCCUUGGUAGAGGAAUUGUGUUUGUUUGUCUGAGGGUGUCACGAGAAAAGAGGGAAAACCCCUCCUAAGAUUUUUUUUUUUUUUUUUUUUUUUUGUCGUUUUUCAAGUCCAUGUGCUCUGGGACUCUAAAUACAAGGGCAGCGAGAAAAGAAUCCCAAUCUCUGUAAGUAAGUUUUGGGGAAAUUGUUUUUAAUUUCCUUUUUGUUUCUUGUUUUUCCUUUUAUCACUUUUUUUAAAGAAAAAAAAACUUAAUUUCUAAUGAUUUGUUUUCAGAAUGUGGGAGGGCUGAAGGAACAAUUUUGCAACUCAUAAAAUAUAUCACUAUGAAAACUGGUGCUUUCGUAAAGAAUAAAGUACAUUCAAUCUCUAUUAUACAUAAAUACUAAUAAACGAAAUUAAGUGUUAUCAUAAAAGACAAUUUUAGGAAAACAUGCAUUAUUCUAUUUCUCUUUUUGUAUUUACCGUGGGGGGAGGGGUUCAUUGUAUGAAAAGGUUGUCGUGACAAAAGGCAUUCCCCCCCCCCCCCCCACCCCCCCCUCCAACCUUUACACCAUAGCAGAGGAAAAGUCUAGGAGAGAAAAAAAACAUCUUGUUAAAUGCAAAUUUCUUUCCAGUGAUCCUAAUUUGGGACAAAGACAAGAUCUUCCCCAAUUUGGGAGAUGCACAAAUAUGGAUUCCCGUUGCAAAGAAAGAAAAAGAAAGCUGAUGUUGGUGUAAAUGUCUAGUUGGUUCAGCGAGAGGGAAUAAGCGGCCUCUGUCUGCUCAGCUGGUCUGCUGUCAUAGAUUCAAGAGAACCCCCUCCCCCACCACCUCCCAACCUUCCCGAAUCCCCAUCUCCCACUGUAAAUGAGUAUAAAUAUUUGUUUGGUGAUGUAGUGUUUUAGACUCAGAGCAUCUUAAAGGUUGUCCCUAAAAAGUGCCUUUUGUUCACAGAUUCCAUCUUGUAAUCCUGAGUGCCCAUCUCAAAAGAUAAAAAAAGUCCCCUCCUUCAUACUUCUAUAUCUUUCGCUUCCUCUUCUUCAAGCUUUUUAAAGCAGUAUACAUAGUACUAAAGGAAAUUGGUGUGAUUUAGUUCCUCUUUUUAUUGUUGAAUAAUUAUGAAAAGCAUAAAAAAACACCCAAAAAAAACAAAAACAUAUUUUCUGUCUUGCUUCUCUUCCUCUGUAUCUUGUCUUCUGUCUAUCUUGGACACUGGAGUAGUCUGUAGCCGCGUAACCCCCCCACCCCCCCACCCCCUUCCUUUUCUCCCUUUCUCUGAACGGCGGGGUUUUAAAAAAAAAAAAAACAAUACGCAAAGAUUUUUUUUGUCUGAGCAGAAUGCAGUUAGCUCACAUGUUAUUCUUGUCUGUACGCUUCACAUUGUAUUACCAUACCCAUCUUCUUCAGCUUCUCCACUCAGCAGCUAAUGUAAGUGAACAAGUUACACCACGGGGCUCUGGGCUGUGCUGAGGUCAGGGAGUUGUUCUCCUGUGGGGCGGGGAGGGGGGGGGCAGUCAGUGACAAGUCACUUGGUUGGAGGUGAGGAGGAGUACUCAAGGGAACCCCUUUUUUUUAGGACUUAGGCGAGGGAGAUGACCAAUAGGACUGCUAGUAUAGGCAGGUUUGUUUGUAAUCCUUGUUUCUAUCUAUUAUUUUUUAUAAUUGAAUUUGGAUUAGCUUUUUGAUUCUUUUUUUUUUUUUGUCAUUGUUACUGCAUAUCUUAGGCAGCAGGAAGAUGCUGCGUUAAAACCUUCAAUUAUGCACCUUUCUAGUGGUUGAAUGAGACCAGCUAUUUAAAAAAAAAACAUUUUUAAAAAAAGGUAAAAAAAUGAACAUGACUCGAAGCACCUUAUAAGCGGACUGGUUCCACACCAUGAUGGCGACCGCAAGGCACAGAUUUAGCACAAACAUAACGAGUGUUCACAAAGUUGCAUCGAUUCACCGCCGUUCUAAAUCGCAGUGUUGGAGAGACACGUUGACCAAAGUGAUAUGGUUCCAAAAGUUGUACAAAACUAGAAGACUUUGGUGACUAAUAGAGAAAGCACCUUGAAAUGCCACCAGCAAAAUCAAGCGAUUACAGAUUUUUGCCCUGCAAGAAAGAAAAGAAAAAUUAUAAAUAUGCAACUUGUUAUUUUUCUUUCAUCUAGCAAAUGAAGCCAGCAGCAGUAUUAUCAAUCAAGCCUUGACACGUGAAAGAGCCACAGUCGAGAAGCCAUAUCAGAGAUGAACAGGUUGCAGAGAGUGUGUGUGUGUGUGGGUGGGUGUGAGAGAGAGAGAGAGAGAGAGAGAGGUGUGUGUGUGUGUGUAUGUGUGUGUGAGAGAGAGAGAGAGAGAGAGAAAGAGCUUUGCUGAGGGAGUGUGUCUGUCCCUGCACCGUUCAAAGAGCCCAGUCGGACCCUGUGGCCGAACCGUCCGCUGUUUUUUUUCCUUUGUUUCGUUUUGAACACGUUUUCGUAGGAUGCUGAGCUGGGUUUAGUGAUGUGGGCCUAACCCUUUGCCUCUGGCCUGUAGCCCCUCCCGCCACGGGUGCUCCUCCUCCUCCUCCUCCUCCUCCUCCACUCCCAGAGCAGUGUCCCAUCCUUAAACACACACCCCCAGAGCCCAUGGUGAAAUGCAUGUGUUAAUUACAGUUUCUUUUCCAUAAUAAUAAUGAAAAAAACACAGUUUGAAGAGAGCAACCCCUUUACUUGAUUGAAUAAAAGGAUGUUCUUGACUGUA